UUAGGUAAACCCGGAAGCGGAAGCGGCUGAGUGUGAUUAUUAUUAUUGUUGUCAGAGAGAGCUGAGAGACAUCAUGGGUUGCGACGGGGGAACCAUUCCGAAGAGGCAUGAGCUGGUGAAGGGGCCCAAGAAGGUGGAGAAGAUUGAUAAGAAUGCAGAGCUGGUCGCCCGCUGGUAUUACUGCACUCUGAGCCAGGAGAAGCUGAAGAAGCCCAUUGUGUCCUGUGAGCUGGGCAGGUUGUACAAUAAAGAUGCGGUCAUUGAAUUCCUGCUGGACAAAUCUCCAGACAAGCCUCAUGGCGAUUCCGCAGGUCACAUCAAGAGCAUGAAGAACAUCAUUGAAUUGAAUCUGAGUGACAAUCCAGCCUGGAUGGGGGACAAAGGCAACACCAAAGGAGACACGUAUGACGAGCAGCGCGCCCAGUUCAUCUGCCCCGUCGUUGGACUGGAAAUGAACGGCAAACACAGAUUCAGUGUGCUGAGACGCUGCGGCUGUGUCUUCUCUGAGCGCGCCCUGAAGAUGAUCAAGACCGACGUCUGUCACAAGUGCGGUGGCGGAUUCCAGGCAGACGAUCUCAUCCUGCUGAACGGGGAUAAGGACGAGGUGGAGGAGCUCAGGAAGAAGAUGGAAGACAGGAGGCUGAAGGCCAAGGUGGAGAAGAAAUCCAAGAAGUCCAAGGCGGUGGAGAGCGCGCCUUCCAAUGGGGAGACAGCUGAAGGAGCUCCGGGACCCUCAAAGACUAUAGAUGGAAAGAAAGACGACCCCAAAGAUAAAGGCAGUUCUGGUUCAAGCGAGGAGUCCAAACCCUCCGGAAUUGGCUCCACAUCGUCCAACAGCGCCACCAAGAGGCCGAACCACGACCAUGGGAAGUCCGAGGCCUACAAAUCCCUCUUCACCUCGCACAGCUCGGCUAAGCGCACCAAGGAGCAGUCCUCUAAUUGGAUCACCCACACCCCCUAUCACUUCUAGUCAUCGAGUAUUUAAUAUUCCCCAUACACAGUAUAAGGUCAUUGCACCGUUCGUGUACACCAGGGGGGGUCUCGUGUACUCCAGGGGGUCUCAUGG